GCAGGUCGCCCGCUCGCCCGGACGCCUCUCCAGCUUCCCGUUUCCUCGCCUGCAAGAUCCAUCGACGCCAAGCAUUUGCACGUCCUCAUGGGCUACACCAACCUCGAGAAGAGGCCCUGGAGGAGCCAGACGGCCAGAAUAAAGCGGUUCAUCCAGCACCCUCUGUACUCGCCCAGGCAGACGCACGCCAGGGACAUCGCCCUGGUGCAGCUGCAGAGGGCUGUGCAGUUCUCGUCUGUCGUGCGUCCGGUCAGCCUCCCACCGCCAUCCUUCCAGAUGCAGCCACUGGGCGAGUGCUGGAUCACCGGCUGGGGCCAGGUGCAGGACGAAGAUGAUCCUGUGAAGACCCUCCAGGAGGCCCAGGUGUUCAUCGUCAACAACACCUACUGCCAGCUGUACCUGAGCCAGGCCCUCCCCUUCCACAGGGAGACCCUGUGUGCAGCCAACUGGAAGGACAAAGCCAUGGCCUGCCUGGGUGACUCCGGGGGCCCCCUGGUGUGCGAGGUGAACCGCACGUGGCUGCAGCUCGGGGUGGUGAGCCGGGGCAGGGUGUGCCUGCCCAGCGCAGCCCCCAACGUCUACACCCGCGUCUCGCACUUCUCCGACUGGAUCGCUGAGAACGUCGCAGCCGCCCAGGACGCCCAGGCCCAGGCCGUGCCCUCGCCCCUGGCCCUGCUGCUGCCGCCCCUGCUGCAGCUGCUGCUCUCCCUGUGAACCCCUUCUCCCCGCCCCACCCAUGCCUGCCUGGGGUCUCCACGCCCUUCUCGCCCACCCAGGCCCGUU